CAAAGAGUCACAUGUGCCCCGCCCCCCUCUCCUUCACUACAGAGGGCCCUAGUAACGCCGGCCUGGAGCUGGUUGCUAUGGGAGGAAGCGCUUCCUGCGGCGCUGGGAGGAAUCACUUCCCGUGGCGGCGAGGCCUGGCCGCUGGAACGGGAGAAACCAGACUUCUUGAGAGUGUUCGUGAAGGAAGAAGAAGCUUCUGCCAUGGCUGCCGAGUUGGAUUUCUCUCCCCCUGAAGUCCCAGAGCCCACAUUCCUGGAGAAUGUGCUGCGCUAUGGACUCUUUUUUGGAGCCAUUUUCCAGCUGAUCUGUGUAUUGGCCAUAAUCCUCCCAAUUUCAAAGUCCCAUAAGACAAAAUGUUAUCUAUCAUCUCCCUUGAAGGAAGAGAUUGGGAUGUCUCUAAGCUAUCCUUCUUAGUCCAGGACUCUGACAAUUUUGAGUUUAAAAGUUCAGAGGUGGUGAAGAAGCCGAAGGUGGCUGCUCCACAGCUGAGCAAGAAACCCAAGAAGGAAACCAAGAAGAAGAGAUAAAAGGUCUUGUAAAGGAGCCUUAAAGACAAGGGAACUGCACACAGCCAGAUGGUUAAUUUAACUGUCCUAGCCAGCAUGGAUCAUCUCACCUCCGGUGGGGUGGGAAAGCUUACACUUGCAUGUCCUCCAUGCUGGCUGGGAUGUGAAAUGAAGCAUGGAAUGGGGGGCAUGUGUUGUGCCACUGAGGAUACCGUUUUCUAAGUCAUUCUUUUAAAGACAGACAGCUCAAAUGGAUCAAGGACAUCAUGCUACCCAGCUUUGUAUUCACUUGUAUUGUUCUUACAUCUAAAAUACAUCAGUGCAUUUUAUAGCUUAGUA